UGCAGUUGUCAUUGUUGUUUUAGCUGGCCCGGGCUGGGUUCAAACUUGCCUGCCCUACUCACUGAACUAUAGGCACUGCCCCUUUGAACAGUUCUUGAAUCAUUUCUGUCAACUCUGAAGGACCCUAUCUCUACCUAAUCGCCCCUGAGAUGUGUGUGUAUAGGGGUGAGUAGUAGAGAGGGAUUGCCAGCCACUGGUUUUACUAGGAGCAGCUAAUGUAGAGAGAGUGACAAUAAAGCUUACAGAAGUGGUCUAUUUAAGAAAAAGAACAAAAGAAAUCCCCCAAAUUAGGUCUCCUUAAAAUCGAUUGUCUGACCACACUGUACUCUUCUCUUUCUGUAACUGAUUAGAUAUGACUUAAGCUCCAGUUACCUCUCUGUGUCAUCUAGUCCCUCUCAGGUUGUUCUGUUUUUGGAACUGGACUUACUCCUUCAUGUUUAUCCAGGCUAGCUCAGUGACCAUUCUGAGCUGUUGAGGAAUAGAGCUAUAGGACCACCUUGGCUAAGUUAAGAAGAUUUUAAAGUAGACAGGAAGAGAAACUCUGGGCUCAGGUUGCUGGCCUUUCUUAGGUCACUGUAACAUGGUAUGCUCUGGGGUUACAUUUUUAUUUCGUCUCCUGACUUUAGCAUAUGUGAAGUAAAGGAUGGGGUGGGUAAUUUAUUUAUUUAUUUACAGACAGAGUCUAACUUUGCCGUCCUCGGUAGAGUGCCGUGGCAUCACAGCUUACAGCACCCUCCAGCUCUUGGGCUUAGGCGAUUCUCUUGCUUCAGCCUCCUGAGUAGCUGGGACUACAGGUGCCCACCACAACGCCUGGCUAUUGGGGUGGGUAAUUUUUAUUGAAAAAAAGAAAUGUUUUUUGAAACAAAGUCUCAAGCUGUCACCCUGAGUAGAGUGCCAUGAUAUCAUCAUAGCUCACAGCAACCUCUAAUUCUUGGGUUCAAGUGAUCCUCUUGCCUCAGUUUUUCUAUUUUUAGUAGAGUAGGGGUCCCUUAUUUUACUCAGGCUGGUCUCGAACUCAUGAGCUAAAGCAAUCCACCCACCUCAGCUAAUUUUUUUUUUUUUUUUUGUAGAGACAGAGUCUCACUUUCUGGCCCUCGGUAGAUUGCCGUGGCCUCACACAGCUCACAGCAACCUCCAACUCCUGGGCUUAAGUGAUUCUCUUGCCUCAGCCUCCUGAGUAGCUGGGACUACAGGCGCCCGCCACAAGGCCCGGCUAUUUUUUGGUUGCAGUUUGGCCGGGGCCUGGUUUGAACCCGCCACCCUCAGUAUAUGGGGCCGGCGCUCUACCAACUGAGCCACAGGCGCCGCCCAGCUAAUUUUUUUUUUGAGACAAAGUCUCACGCUAUCACCCUGGGUAGAGUGCUGUGAUAUUAUAGUUCAUAGCAGCCUCAAACUUGGGCUGAAGUGAUCCUUUUGCCUCACCCUCCUAAGUAGCUGGAACUAUAGGCGCUCACUAUAACACUCGGCUAGUUUUUCUAUUUUUAGAGAUGGGGUCUUCCCCUUACUCAGGCUGAUCUAGAACUCCUGAACUUAAACAGUCCACUCACUUUGGCCACCCAGAGUGCUAGGAUUGGUGUGAGCUGCAGUGCCCAGCUAGGGGUGGGGAAGGAAGAUCUUCAGGUUCUGGGUUUGAAAGCUAAGAGAAUGAUUAGCUAUCACAAUCUCUAUUUCCUUUUGAAUUCCUCUGCCAUAGUGUCCACCUGACUGCAAGUUCGUUAGUGUUGUUGGCUAUGAUGUUGAGUUUGAUUGCUGAGGAAGAUUAAUAGACUCAUGAGUUUCCUCUUAUCUGAUAUUUCGUUGGAUCAUGGGACUUCCGGAGCUUUAUGUUCUUUCCUCACAGAAAGACUAGAGCUCUUGAGGGUGGGCUGACUGCUCAGUCAUGAACUAGUAGAAAGGACCUGUUUUCAGCCUCCUGGGCUGUUUGGCUUCUUGUUAUUGGGAGAUUUGCUCCUUUCUAGCAUUUGAAUAUACUGCUCCAACUCUGAAUUCUGAGCGUUAGAGAGGAGUAUUUAGACAUUCAUUUGGGUAUGUUUUUUUGUUGUUGUUGUUUUAUUUUAUUUAUUUAUUUUUAUUUUUUUGUAGAGCUGGGACUACAGGUGCCUGCCACAACGCCCAGCUAUUUUUUGGUUGCAGUUCAGCCGGGGCCCGGUUUGAACCCGCCACCCUCGGUAUAUGGGGCCAGCGCCUUACCGACUAAGCCACAGGCGCUGCCCUGUUGUUGUUUUAGAGUCUUGCUCUAUCACCCUGGCUGAUGUGCAGUGGCAUCAUCGUGCACUGCACUGCAACCUUCUCCCUCAGCCUCCAAGUAGGUGGGACUACAGAUGCUUGCCACAAUACCCAGCCAGAUUUUCUAUAUUUGUAGAGAUGGGGUCUUGCUCUUACUCAGGCUGGUCUCAAACUCCUAAGCUCAAGUGAUCCUCCCACUUCAGCCUCUCCGAGUGCUGGGAUUACAGGUAUGAGCCACUGUACCCAGCCUCAUUUGGGUAUUCUAAGAAGGGGAACAAGCUGUGAAGCUAAGCUAUAGGACUCAGCUUGUGUUCUUAUUCUACAAGAGCUUUUUUGGAAGAACAAAUCAUCCAGUAAGCAAGAGACAGUGGGAGCAGAGAUUGUGAACUUUGCUGACGUCUAAUGUGAGGAGUUCAGUCAGGACCAAUGGUGGAAUCUGGCAAGAUGUGCAGCCUAAAGCCAUGGGCCAGGGGGCCAUGGUGACCUGAGACUAGAGGACUCUGUCCAGUUGCCCCUUACUUCCCCUUUUACCUCUCCUACCCUGUACUAGGGGACUUGUCUCCACUUCCUCAGGGACCUGCCCCCUGGGGUAAACCCUUUCCCCUAUUUUCCUAUCCCCUACCCUCGCAAGACAGUACCAGUCUAUAGAACUCCUACCUCUUCCCCUGAGGCGGUCCCCAUCCUUCCCUUCCUUCCUUACCCCGCCAUGCUCCAGCUGUGGAAGGUGGUACGCCCAGCUCGGCAGCUGGAACUGCACCGCCUCAUAUUGCUGCUGAUUGCCUUCAGUCUGGGCUCCAUGGGCUUCCUGGCUUACUAUGUGUCCACCAGCCCCAAGGCCAAGGAACCCUUGCCCCUGCCCUUGGGAGACUGCAGCAGUGGUGGGGCAGUUGGCCCUGGCCCUGCACGGCCUCCAGUUCUACCCCGGCCCCCCAGGCCUCCAGAGACAGCUCGAACUGAACCCAUGGUACUUGUGUUUGUGGAGAGUGCAUACUCACAGCUGGGACAGGAGAUUGUGGCCAUCCUGGAGUCCAGUCGUUUUCGUUAUAGUACCGAGCUAGCACCUGGCCGAGGGGACAUGCCCACAUUGACUGAUCAUAUCCGUGGCCGCUAUGUCUUGGUCAUUUAUGAGAACCUACUCAAAUAUGUCAACCUGGAUGCCUGGAGUCGGGAACUGCUAGACCGAUACUGUGUCGAAUAUGGUGUGGGCAUCAUUGGCUUUUUCCGAGCCCAUGAGCAUAGCUUACUAAGUGCCCAGCUCAAGGGCUUUCCUCUUUUUCUACACUCAAACUUGGGGCUCCGGGAUUACCAAGUGAAUCCUUCUGCUCCCCUCCUGCAUCUCACACGCCCCAGCCACCUGGAGCCGGGGCCACUACCUGGUGAUGACUGGACUAUCUUCCAAUCCAAUCAUAGCACAUAUGAACCAGUGCUUCUUGCCAGCCUUCGGCCAGCUGAACUCCCUGUGCCAGGACCAGUACCUCGUCGGCCCCGGCUUCCCACUGUGGUACAGGAUCUGGGGCUUCAUGAUGGCAUCCAGCGGGUGCUUUUUGGCCAUGGCCUUUCCUUCUGGCUUCACAAACUUAUCUUUGUUGAUGCUAUUGCAUACCUUACUGGCAAGCGCCUCUGCCUGGACCUUGACCGCUAUAUCUUGGUAGACAUUGAUGACAUCUUUGUGGGCAAGGAAGGAACUCGCAUGAAGGUGGCUGAUGUUGAGGCUCUGUUGACCACCCAGAACAAACUCAGGACCUUAGUCCCUAACUUCACCUUCAACUUGGGCUUCUCGGGCAAGUUCUAUCAUACUGGGACAGAGGAGGAGGACGCAGGGGAUGACAUGCUGCUGAAGCACCGCCAAGAGUUCUGGUGGUUUCCCCACAUGUGGAGCCACAUGCAGCCACACCUAUUCCACAAUCGCUCUGUGCUGGCCGACCAGAUGAGGCUCAACAAACAGUUUGCUCUGGAACAUGGGAUUCCCACGGACCUGGGUUAUGCUGUGGCCCCCCACCACUCGGGCGUGUAUCCCAUCCACACGCAGCUCUAUGAGGCCUGGAAAUCUGUGUGGGGCAUCCAGGUGACCAGCACUGAGGAAUAUCCCCAUCUCCGCCCUGCCCGCUACCGCCGUGGCUUCAUUCACAAUGGCAUUAUGGUGCUUCCCCGGCAGACGUGUGGCCUUUUUACUCACACCAUCUUCUAUAAUGAAUAUCCCGGAGGCUCUCAUGAAUUAGACCGGAGUAUCCGAGGUGGAGAGCUCUUUCUGACAGUGCUGCUUAAUCCGAUCAGCAUCUUUAUGACCCAUCUGUCCAAUUAUGGAAACGAUCGGCUGGGUCUGUACACCUUUGAGAGCCUGGUGCGCUUCCUCCAGUGCUGGACACGGCUUCGCCUACAGACCCUUCCUCCUGUCCCUCUUGCACAAAAGUACUUUGAACUCUUCCCUCAGGAGCGAAGUCCCCUUUGGCAGAAUCCCUGUGAUGACAAGAGGCAUAAAGAUAUCUGGUCCAAGGAGAAAACCUGUGAUCGGCUCCCAAAGUUCCUCAUUGUGGGACCUCAGAAGACAGGGACUACAGCUAUUCACUUCUUCCUGAGUCUACACCCAGCUGUGACCAGCAGCUUCCCUAGCCCCAGCACCUUUGAGGAGAUUCAGUUCUUCAAUGGCCCUAAUUACCACAAGGGUAUUGACUGGUACAUGGACUUUUUCCCUGUCCCUUCCAAUGCCAGCACUGACUUCCUAUUUGAAAAAAGUGCCACCUACUUUGACUCAGAGGUUGUUCCACGGCGUGGGGCUGCCCUCUUGCCACGAGCCAAGAUCAUCACUGUGCUCACCAACCCUGCUGACAGGGCCUACUCCUGGUACCAGCACCAGCGAGCACAUGGAGACCCAGUUGCUUUGAACUAUACCUUCUACCAGGUGAUUUCGGCCUCCUCCCAGGCCCCUCUGGCACUUCACUCCCUGCAGAACCGUUGUCUUAUCCCUGGCUACUAUUCUACCCAUCUACAACGCUGGUUGACUUACUACCCCUCUGGACAGUUGCUGAUUGUGGAUGGGCAAGAGCUGCGUACCAACCCAGCAGCCUCGAUGGAGAACAUCCAAAAGUUCCUGGGUAUCACACCUUUCCUGAACUACACACGGACCCUAAGGUUUGAUGAAGAUAAGGGAUUUUGGUGCCAGGGACUUGAAGGUGGUAAGACUCGCUGUCUAGGCAGGAGCAAAGGCCGAAGGUACCCAGAUAUGGACGCUGAGGUAAGUAAGCCUGGGGCAAGGUAUCCCUCUCCACCUCUAGGAGCUAAUUCUCCCUCACUCCUUACCACCUCUGCCUUCAUUUUCUCCUAUCAGUCCCGCCUUUUCCUUACGGACUUUUUCCGGAACCAUAAUUUGGAGUUGUCGAAGCUGCUGAGCCGGCUUGGACAGCCAAUGCCCUCGUGGCUUCGGGAAGAACUACAGCAUUCCAGUCUGGGCUGAUGUCCCAGCCUCCCAUACCAGCAAAAAACCCCCUAUAUCCCUAAGGGGCAAGUCCAGAGCAAGGCCCACAAGGGGGAUUAGAAUGGCCUGGCUCCUCCCCCUUCUACCUCAGUGGCCCCCAGUCUUGAGAUGUCUAAGAAGGGAAGGGUAGUGCUCGCUUCAGCAGUACAUAUACUAAAAUUGGAACAAUACAGAGAAGAUAAGCAUGGCCCCUGCGCAAGGAUGACACGCAAAUCUGUGAAGCGUUCCAAAAAAAAGAAGGGAAGGGUAUCUCUUUCCCAUAGUUCAGGGCCUGACAGAGAGGCUUCUCUUGAUACCCCACAUCAUGGUACUAGGUACCUUUGAUUCAUGAUCUUGGGAGGUGGGGAGGAAUGCGAGGGUCCAGGCAGGGUAGAGAGGAAUGUAUUAGUCCAAUGAUUUCCCUCUUUGUCCCCAGCAGUAUAUCUGUCUAUACCAGGCUAUGGGAGGGGCCCUUACUGUGGCACCUUUAGUCAGGCAGUGGCAUCUACCUGUGGCCCGGCCCUCCUAAUGUCAUUCACAUUGAAUGGGGAUGAGGUCGGACAGUGGCUCAUAGAGCUGAGUAUGAGCCCUAGCUGUGGGCUAGAAAUGUCCUUAAUAAACAUCCUUAUUUUUC